AUGCAAGAACUACAUCUCAGAUAUAGUUGGAUUCCAGGAUCUGAAAGUAUUCGACCGAAUGCUGAAAAUAGACAAAAAAAAGAAAAUUAUAUUAAAAAUAUGUUAACUCGUUAUACUAGUCUUCAAGAUUUUGUACUUCAUAAAUUUUUUGGAUUGAAACCUGUCGUUCAAGGUGAUUUUAUUAAUUCAAGGUUACAAGUUCCUUCUACAGAAAUUUCUUCUGCUCGAAUUGCUCAUACAAAAGAUACAAAUCGUCAUGAAUUUCGAUUUGUAACUAAUCUAUUUUCUUAUCACAUUCCAACUGGUACAAAUCAUUAUGUCAUUUGGUUUCUUUUAAAUGGAAACGAAAGUAUUGAUCCAAAAACGAAUUCACCACUUACCAAUGAUGAAAUCAAUUCAAGUAUUGAGGAAGCACUUCGACAAAAACUUGGUUCUACAAAUGACACCUUUUCAUUUGUUUGGUAUCUCAAUCCAAAACAAACAAUUGUCUCUGAUGUUCUUUAUCAUGUACAAGUUUUCUGGAUACCUUAA